AUGACACCUCUCUCACCUCCCUCUGCGCCUGUAUGCAACAGCGCCACAAACUGCACCUCUCCUCUGCUCCUGCGGCAUGUUGCGAAGACCGAGGCGACAUCCGCUGCAGACAUGGCCUCCCAGGUCCAGGUCUUCUCUUCUCCGUCUGUCUCCUCCAGCGCCUACUCUCGCUCCAAACGGCUCAAAGUGGAGAACUCCUCCUGGGACCCAAUGUCCAACAACCAACUGGACAAUAUCCACAACCACAACAACAAUAACAACAACAACAACAGCAGCAGCUACUACCAACCCCAGCAGAGCCCAGCCCAGGGCAUCGCACCCUCAACCUCCUCUUUCAACCCCAGCCAUGUCUACAGCAGCUCCCAGACUCGGCCCCCGGAGCAGACAGUGGUCAGGGCGGCGGACAGCACGGGCAGUUUGAGAGGUCCGCCAUCUUGUUCUUCGUCUUCAUCAACUUCAAGCCGUCGCGUUAAAGAUGCAGAGUCUUCGUCACAACUCUACCACAAGCAGUACAGUGUGAAGAGGAAGAGCGAGGAGGUGGACAGCAGCGACAGUGUGCAGAUACUGGAGGAGCUGUCAGCUCCUGUCGUGACCAACAGGACAGCAGGAGGAGGGGGCACGACCAGAGGUACCACCACAGCUCAGUCCAUCGCACACUCGACUUCUACGACCAAAAGCAGCACGUCCCACAGUGAGGGCGAUUACCAGCUGGUGCAACAUGAAAUCCUCUGCUCCAUGUCCAAUAGUUAUGAGGUGCUGGAGUUCUUGGGCAGGGGCACCUUCGGACAAGUGGCCAAGUGCUGGAAACGAGGGACAAACGAGAUCGUGGCCAUUAAAAUCCUCAAGAACCACCCGUCGUACGCACGGCAGGGCCAAAUAGAGGUGAGCAUCUUGAGCCGCCUGAGCACAGAGAACGCAGACGAGUUCAACUUUGUGCGUUCCUACGAGUGUUUCCAGCACAAGAACCACACGUGUCUGGUCUUCGAGAUGCUGGAGCAAAACCUCUAUGACUUUUUAAAGCACAGUAAGUUCAGCCCCUUGAUGCUGAAGUGCAUCAGACCCAUCCUCCAGCAGGUGGCGACGGCGCUGAUGAAGCUGAAGAGCCUGGGACUGAUCCACGCGGACCUGAAGCCCGAGAACAUCAUGCUGGUGGACCCACUACGACAGCCGUACCGGGUCAAGGUCAUAGACUUCGGAUCGGCCAGUCAUGUGUCCAAAGCCGUGUGCUCUACCUACCUGCAGUCACGCUACUACAGAGCUCCAGAGAUCAUCCUGGGCCUUCCCUUCUGUGAGGCCAUAGACAUGUGGUCUCUGGGCUGUGUGAUCGCGGAGCUGUUUUUGGGCUGGCCGCUGUAUCCAGGAGCCUCUGAGUACGACCAGAUCCGCUACAUCUCUCAGACACAGGGCCUUCCAGCGGAGUACCUCCUCAGUGCAGGCACCAAAACCAGCCGCUUCUUUAACCGCGGCCCGGACUCCAGCUACCCCCUGUGGAGACUCAAGACGCCAUCAGAGCACGAGGCAGAGAUGGGAAUCAAGUCAAAAGAAGCGAGGAAGUACAUCUUUAACUGUCUGGACGACAUGAUGCAGGUGAACAUGACAAAUCUUGAGGGCACAGACAUUUUAGCAGAAAAGGCCGACAGAAGAGAGUUUAUCGACCUCCUAAAGAAGAUGUUGACUCUUGACGCGGACAAACGCAUCACCCCCAUGAAGACCCUCAACCACCCGUUUGUGACCAUGACCCAUCUGCUGCACUUCCCCCACAGCUCGCAUGUGAAGUCCUGCUUUCAGAACAUGGACAUCUGCAAACGCCGCUGCAGCGCCUUUGAAAAUGGGAAAAACAUGUUCAGCAACAACACCCCGAGUGCAGCCACCAACCUCACAGUGACGUUCAGCAGCCAACUCAACCAGCACAACCAGAUGGCUGCGACAGGAGGCCAGUCCCUGUCCCUGAGCAGUAAUGUCCCGUUAUUGAACUACCAGCCUGGACUUUACCAGCAGGCCACCAUCAACAUCCCAGGACUGACCCAACAGAGCGUCCCACUGCAGACACGCUCCAGCCAGAUCUGCCCCCAAACCGAGCCCUUCCAACAGACACUCAUCGUCUGCCCACCCACUAUUCAAGGCCUUCAAACCUCCAGUAAGCCGUCUGGAUACCCGGUGAGAAUGGACAACUCUGUUCCGUUAGUUCCUCAAAACCAGUCGUCUCAGCCGCUGCACAUUCAGCCGGGCAUGUUGGCACAGCAGGGGUGGCCCACCGGCACUCAGCAGAUCCUGAUCCCCUCCACGUGGCAGCAGAUGCCCGGGAUGACACUCCACAAUACUGGGCAGGCCGUGGUCCCGGACUCACCCAUGGGUGCCCCACUGUCUGACACACAACACAGUGCAGGAUGGAGGGGUCGCCAUGGUAGCCAGUGUGAUGCAGCCAAUCAGGAGUCUAGUCGUCACAACUCGGGACCUGUCCACUCCAGGUCCCAGCAGAAGAGAGGAAAAGGACGACACGAGAAUAGGACCAGAGCGGUGGUGGUUCACAGCACUGCAGCAGGGGACCAGUCUCAGCCGAUCGUGAUCUCAGACACGCCCAGUCCAGCGGUCAGCAUCAUCACCAUACACAGCGACUCUGAAGAUGAGGAGGACAAGAAGCAGCCACCGGCCUGCUCUGGGACCAGUCAAAGGACCAACGUCAUCAGCUGUGUGACCGUCCACGACUCGGACUCGUCGCUGAGCAGCCCCCUGAGCCCAAAGAGCUCCACACAGACGGCCAAGUCCACCGCUGUGAUCAUGCCCAGUGUGAAGAGCCAGGGGGCGCCAGAGAGCACAGCAUCACACAGAGCACAGUCCAACCAGGUGUGUUGUAUUCAAACUACAGAUCAAGCUCAAAGUGGAAAGUCUAAGAAAAGUGUCCAGCCCAGUCAGGGCGGAGACACUUCCUCAGAGAGACAUCAGCGUGCAGCCUCCAGCCGAUCGCAGCCUCUCAACCUGAGCCAGGUGCAGCAGUCAGUCCUGUCCUCCACCCACGACCCAACAGGCACAUCAGUGAAGCGCCAGUCCACCUACGCCCCUCCCGCCUCCCCGCACGCCUCCUACCGACUGCACGAGAGCUCCGCGUCCAUCUUCACCUCCGCCCCGAGCCUGUACGCUUACCCAGCCUCCGCCGCGUUGGCUUCCGUGUCGCAGGCGGUGGACCAGGGCAGGCAGAGCAGCGCCCCCUACGCCCCCUCCCUGGCUCUACUGCAGAAGAACCCCCAGUACCACCACCACCACCACCCACCAGCCCCCGCACACACAAGCACACCCCCACCACACGCAUCACCUCAGCGGGCAGCCCUUCCACCGCUCCACGGCCCCCUACCAGAGAAAACUCAACCCCUACCCCUAUCUGUGAGCGCCAGGGCAAAGAGACUAGAGGAGCACAAGUUCAGAAGAGCGGGUUUGACUUGA